AUAUUUCUGUAGUGGCGGGAAAAUAGCAUUGAAAGUGACGCCUUUGUCAUGUCACAAUGGGGACGGGGUUCUUAUAGUUCCACUGACCUGCUGCGCGAACGUGUCGGUGUCAGACGACACCAGACCAGCUAACCGUGGAGUACUUGUCUAUUCGCCGCCCUGCCUGCUGGUCUCUGAGGUGCGUUUCAAACCAACCCAUCAUGGCAUCGCAAGUGCUGACUGGCGAGCUGACCUUCAAAUCUCUCCCGCCUCUUGAUUUAUCCGUCUGCACAAAAGAGCAAAUCAAGGAAUAUUUCAUCAACAGUUACGAGCUGAAUGACAGUUUGUUUGCAACACUGAAAGAUGACUCGGUAUUCCUCAAGUACCCUGAUGUCUUACGUCUGCCACUCAUUUUCUACUAUGGACACACCGCGGCCGUUUUCGUCAACAAGUUGGUACUGGCUGGACUACUGGAAGAGAGAAUAAAUCUGAACUUUGAGACUCUGUUUGAAACCGGUGUGGAUGAAAUGCCUUGGGAUGAUACGGAGAACUUCCGUAUGGGAGGCACCAUCGACUGGCCAAGCGUUCAGGAGGUGUACGAAUAUCGAUGUCAGGUCCGAGAAAAGAUACUUGAGUUAAUUGACGAGACUACACUGGAACUGCCAAUCAAGUUUGAAGACCCAUUCUGGGCGCUUGUAAUGGGCUUCGAACACGAACGGAUUCACGUCGAGACUUCGUCCGUUCUUAUUCGACAAUUACCAUUAGACAUGGUCAUAAAACCGGAAGGUUUUGCCAACACUUACGCGCCAGCUACUCAUGGGGAUGGUGUUGAAGAGAAUCGCAUGGUCAAAGUUGAAGGCUGCGAUGUGACCUUGGGCAAGCCAAUUGACUUCCCCUCUUAUGGCUGGGACAACGAAUAUGGAAAACUGGACUACAGUGUUCCGCCGUUUGAGGCAACAGAAUUCAAAGUCACCAACCGAGAGUUCUUAAAAUUUGUUGAGGCAGGCUGUUACGAAGACAAGUCAUUGUGGUCAAAGGAAGCUUGGAGCUGGUUGGCGUACAAGAAGGCCAAGCACCCAACGUUCUGGGUCUGUGAUGAAGGAUGCAAGUCCGGCUGCGGCCGUGACCUUGACGGUUACACCCAUUGUAAUCUACCGAAACAGGAUGGUGACAAGAAAGAGUUCAAAUUACGUCUGAUGUUCGAUUUGGUUGACCUGCCAAUGGAUUGGCCAGUCGUUGUAAACUACCACGAAGCCAAAGCCUAUUGUGCGUGGAAGGGUCCUGAAUACAGACUCCCUACUGAGGCUGAACAUCAUGCAAUGAGAGGCACAAUGAAACCUGUGUCUGAGGGCACAUCCAGUGAUCCGAUAUAUCAAGAUGACCACGACUUCAACAUGAAUCUACGAUACUUUUCAUCUACACCUGUCAAUAUGUUUCCUCCUACGGACGCCGGCUUCUACGAUGUGUUCGGCAACGUGUGGGAGUGGAUAGAGGACCACUUCAACGGCCUACCCGGUUUUAAAUCUACCUACUUGUACGAUGACUUUUCAAUUCCUUCCAUGGCCGGUGACCAUACUCUCAUAAUGGGUGGAUCCUGGAUCUCUACGGGCGACGAAGCUUCUCGGUUUGCGCGAUACGAGUUUAGGAGGCAUUUCUUCCAGCAUUGUGGCUUCCGACUGGCCAAAUCGUCGGAUUCAACCGUACCAAUCCAGCUUCCAGUCCGGUUAAUUUUAAACACUGCCCUUUAUCCGCUCCGAGAAGGUGUUGAAUCGCCCCUCGACCUUGAAAAGUACAACAUCAAGCGAGUAAAGAGUUCCAAUACCCAAUUCUCUGAGGAAAGCUACGAAUACCUCCUGAAAACGAUAGAGAGCGAAUACAAGGCAGAUGUUGUUGACGUGGUGGAGGUGAUUGAGGAGUGUCAGCAGAAGAUUAAAGAGGCCGGAGUCUCUACUGAACGGGUGAUACAUCUUGGUUGUAAGACUGGCCGAGGAAGCUUUGAGCUCUCGAAGUACUUUGACAAGGUACUUGGAAUUGAUUUCUGUGGUUCUUACAUCAACGCCUGUCAGAAGUUACAGAAGAAGAGGACCAUUCGCCUGAAUGGAUUGAGUGCUGACCUACCGAAAGGAGCCAAACCGUCAAGGGUGCUCUUCAAGCAGUUGACGUGGCUUCCAAAUGAAGUUGAUAACAGCGAAUUUGUUUUACUGAGCUGCAUUGAUCGUGCACUGAAUCCGAAAUCUUGGACUUGCCGCUUGAAAGAGAUGGUUAAACGAAAUGGGCUUUUGGCCGUUACAUCAGCAGACGGAUGGGAUGAGACGAAACUUCUCCACCCAGACUAUUUGGGACUAAGAUUCCAAGUAGCUUUCAGCCCAGUUGAGCUGCCAUCAGGGACCGUCAUCACAUUCUACAAACACCGAUAGUGUCAGAAACGGAUAAUCUGCACGUGAAAAAGAGGCUCAGCUGAGAAAGCCCCAAGACGAGUAUUUACAGUGAACCACAUAGUCCCUGAAGAUUCCUGGUAUACUGUAUAAAACUGCCAAAAAGAUAGAAUUUUCAGUUAUUUCGUCGGAAUUCAAAAUCGGCUUAGUUUUUUUCACUUAAAAACACACUUUCUAAUUUUCAUUUUUGCAAAAAUCUCCCUUAUUCGCUAAAUUUUGCAUGCUUUGAAGUGAGCAAUGGAUGUUAGACCAUUGCCAUUUCAUAUAUAUGAGACCUACGAUGUCGACUUUUUUGACAUAUUUGUGGAUAAUACAUGUAUUUUUUCUUUUUUGUCAAUGAAUCAUUCCAAGCAUUACCUUAUACUAUUUAUGAUCUUUUGAUUUUUCCUCUUCAUGUAUUCAAUUUGAGGAAGUCGUUUGACAUUUGUUGAUUGUUGGUGUAGUUAACGAUGUAUCUUAUGCAAUAUUAAAAAUUCGUAGCUAUAGAUUUUUUGCCAUAACAAGCAAACUACUGUAUCGAAUCACUAUAUUAGUGACUUCACAGCGACAGUGCUUCUGAAUGCUGUUCCCCACACCAAAAUUGAUUCCGGUUUCAAAGAAUCAUCAGAUCUUUGAGCGAGAGGGCAUUAUUGGUGUCCAAAAUUUGAAGCUUGUAUAUGGUACGUGGGGAACUGAUUAUCGAUGUGUAUAACCAUUAUGUGAUUGUAGUUGAGAGUUAAUUACGGUAUGAAUAAUAUCGCCUGAAGUGUAGGCAUUUAGAGAGUACUGCUUUGCCUCUUUUGCCUUUUACCAGCAGCAAAAGGAUUUUUCUAGAACCAGUUAAGAUUUCUCUUACAGGAAAAGUGCAAUCCGAACUAAUGACACCUGCCAAAUACUUUCCUGCGCCGAAAUACUGUGAAAAAGGAAUGCAUUGUGUAAAUAUGCACUUUAUCUUUUAAAACAUCAAGCCCAACAGUUAAACCUUUGGGUACUGCAUGCGUAAAGGACAUAUAAGCGAAUGUAUAUUAUUCAAGAAUCAAGAAAUAAAUACAACUUGAAUUA